GCAGCACAUUGUCAUCGACACCCCAGGGCCGCGCGGCUAGUGCCACCCGCCGCCCACAGCACCCACCCUCGCCGGCAAGGCCCCACCGGCAGCGCGCGCUAUCAAUCCCCACCUCGCCGUCGAUGGUGGCGUCGCGUCCUCGACCGAGCCGGCACGGGGUGGGGGCUUCGGCGCCGGCGGUGCUCCUCUCUCCCGCUGGAUCCCCGCGGGUCGAGGCCGCCGGGUCUGCGGCGACGAUGGGCGGGAGGCCCCUCCAGGUCGACGCCUCUGCCGGCCCGAUCCGCGGCGCCUCGGCCGUUGCCGCUGCCCCGCCGCAUCCGCCUCCGACGUCCGUCGAGGAGCAGGCGGCUCGUGUCCAGGAGAAGCGGCGGGCGACGGGCGGCUCCGCGUCCUCGUCUUCCUCGAGCGGCGAAGAACCCCUCACGCCCGCGCUUCAGCUGGAGGUUGCCAAGGAGCUGAUCUAUCGCUUCGGCAUGGCGCAAAAAAAAGAGGGAACUCUCAGACGGCGAGCUCACUCUCUUCAAGUUCCUGUUGGAUGGGAUGCCCACCUUGGAGGCUGCCGUGAGGGCGUGCGGUGAGCGCCACUCGCCGAGGUGGGGGUUCAUGGUGCGGGCUCCGGUGCGGUGGGCCUGCCUGCGGCGCGCUGCGUCUCGUCCCCGUCCGCCCCCUUCAGGAGAAGAACCACUCGCGCCUGCGCUUCAGCUGGAAAUUGCUAAGGAGGUGGUCAGUCGCCUGACCUCUCUCGUUAAGUUCCUGGAGGAUAGGAUCCCAGGUUUGAAGGCUGCCUCGAGGGUGAGCGGUGGAGCAGCUCCGCUACCGUCCAAGGUGGCUCCCUCUUGUCCUGUGCCGGCAAAGGGGAGGCGCGCUGUUGCCGUGAACUUGUCGCCAGUGCCCACCCUGCGUCCCAGAGGGCAGGUUGCUACGCCUGCUGCUGAACAUGUCACCGUUGGCCGGCGGGUCGUUACCAGGCACUCGGGUGAGGGAGAUGCCCAUGCUACCUCUGGUGUACACAGCAAGAUGUCAGAGGCCAAUGUCAGCCAUGAUAAUCAUACAGGGCAAGAAUUGUCAAGUGAAGAUGAAUCCUUGUCCUCGUCCUCAUCUUCUCCAAGCAAAGAACCCCUCACACCGGCGCUUCUGCUGGAAAUUGCUAAGGAGUUGAUUAAUGGCUUCACCAUGGCACAAGAAUAUAGGAUGCUUUCAACCGCUGAACAAUCUCUCAUUAAGUUCCUGGAGGGUAGGAUCCCUGGCUUGGAGGCAGAGGUUGCCUCAGAGGUUUGCGGUGGUGGAGAAACCCUGUCCCCAUCCAAGGUGGCGUCCUCUGGUCAUGCUUGUUUGAAGGCUAAGGCGAGGCGCAUUAUUACCGGGAUCUCGUCACAGCCGGCGACCUCCCUAUUUCGACCAGAGCUGUCUGCGCCGCUGGCGCACCCACCAUCUCACCAGGUUGCUGCACCGGCUGCAUAUGUCACCGUUGGCCAGCAGGUCGUUGCCAGGUACUCAGGUGAGGAAGAUGCCUGUGCUAACUCUGGUGUACACAACAAGAUGCCAGAGGCCAAUGCCAGCAAUGAGCAUCAUACAGGGCAAGAAUUGUCAAGUGUAGAUGAAUCUUUUGUCCUCGUCCUCAUCUUCUUCAAGCAGAGAACCCCUCGCACCUGCGCUUCUGCUGGAAAUAGCUAAGGAGCUGAUUAAUGGCUUGACCAUGGCACAAGAAAAGAGGAUGCUUUCAACCGAUGAGCACUCUCUCAUUAAGUUCUUGGAGGAUAGGAUCCCCGGCUUGGAGGCAGAGAUUGCCUCGGAGGUUUGCAGUGGUGGAGAAGCUCUAUCCCCGUCCAAGGUGGCGUCCUCUGGUCAUGCUUGUCUGCAGGCUGAGGCGAGGCGCGUUAUUACCGGGAUCUUGUCACGGCCGGCGACCACCCUAUUUCGCCCAGGGCUGUCUAUGCCGCUGGUGCACCCACCGUCUCACCAGGUGGCUGCGCCAGCUGCAUAUGUCACCGUUGACCAGCAGGUCGUUACCAGGUUCUCAAGUGAGGUAGAUGCCUAUGCUACCUCUGGUGUACACAACAAGAUGCCAGAUGCCAGUGUCAGUCAUGAUCAUGGUAGAGGGCAAGAGUUGUCAAGUGAAUAUGAAUUCUUCUCAGAGAAGUGCCACAGUGGGUGUGAUCUAGGGAUUGUUACUGAAAAGAGCAGUACUACUAUUGCUCCAGAAACAGCUCCACCACCUUCAGAUGGUGACAGUACAGCAGAAUCAUCGGGUGUUUCAAAUUGUUGGGGCACAGCAACAGAAGAUAAAGACUUUGAUGACCUCGGGCUUCCAGACGACCUUGGAAUUUACUGAGACUCUAAGAGGUAAUGUCGUACCAUGAGUAAACUUACCAGCUGAUAGUAUGUUUAGUACAUUGCCAGCUUUGAUUAGAGACUUAGAUUGGUUGUUAUGUUGAUGUUUUCAUAGUAUGAUGUUUUUGUUUUGGUAGAGGAGCAGUACUGUGUUGGUCGGCGCUGUGGUCGUGCAAGAUUAUUGUACUUGGCUAUUUUGGUGUUUCCUCUAUCUUAAUGCAAAAGGAAUUUGAUCGGUGGGAGGUGCUCAUCUUCAAUGACUCUUAGGUGGUUUCAGUGUCAGUUCAGUAAGAUCCUUAGUACAAAAGAGUAUGGGAAUAUGAUGAUAUUAGAUCUCGAGUCUAAGCAAUUAUCAAUCAUUUCAGGUACAGAAGAAGUAUUUCUAGUACUGAAUGAUGCCUAUUUCGAGUGCAUGUUAACUAGUUGGCUAUCAUGAUGGAUCAAUCAGUUUGUUAUGGCCUAUAUAAAGAAUUAAAUAUUGCAAUACGUUCAUAUUUUGUUGGUUGAUCAAGAGGUACUGUGAGUACACAACUCAAUAGGAUGUGCUGGGAAACAUAAAUCAUUUGAUAUGAUAGAAUCUGUAAAAUAUUAACAAUACUGAGAAUAAUUGAAUUUUAAAAUUAAGACCA